GUCAGUCAGAUGACCUGUGCUGGGGGAGCUGCGGUGGAGCUGCUGAUCGUUCAGGAUGGAUUUCUCUCCGGUUUUUGUCGCUUUUGCUGCUUUAGCGAGUUCAUUGUCGGGUGUGCUGGGAGAUCAGCUGACUGUGCUGCGCAGCCCCCAGUAUGUGACCUUCAGGGAGGGCCAGUGGCCGCUGGCCGGGGAGAAGGUUCCUGAUCUGGUGGCCCUGACCAUGGGCUUCUCUGUUCAGGAGGAUCUUGACUGGCCAGGCCUGGGAGCAGGUUCCCUGUUCCAGCGUCCUCGGGCUAAUGCUCUAAUCGCAGUGCGUGGCGUCAGCAGUCUGGAUCUGCCUUCAAACACCUCCUCUUACCCCCUGGAAAAUCCCGUACCCUUUACUCUGGACAGUGUAGCGAACACCAUCCACACCCUGUUCGCUGAGAGCACCCCUGUGGUUCUACAGCUCGCCCCCAGCGAGGAGAGGCUGUACAUGAUGGGCAUGGCAAACACUGUGUUUGAGGACCUGCCCGUGACCCUUCAGCAGAUCAGAGCUCGUCUGUCACAGGAAGGAUCAGUUCUACACUCCCUUCCCCUGCACUCACUCAACCGAAACAGCGAGGCUGAUCUGCUUUUCCUCUCUGAGGUUCAAGUGUUGCAUGACAUCUCAGCCCUGCUUCUGAGGCAUAAGCACUUGGCCAAGGACCAGGCUCCUGACCUGUUCUCCCUGGAGCUGGCCGGCUUGGAGGAAAUCUCCCGACGCUACGGCAGCGACUCUCCCCAGUUCCAGGAUGCCAGCAAGAUUCUGGCCUCUGCUCUGCAGAAGUUCGCUGAUGAUGUCUACAGUGUUUACAGCAACAACGCAGUGGUGGAGGUGGUGACCGUAAAGACGUUUGAGGCUCCUCUCACUAGGAAAUCCCGCUCAAUCCUGGAGAGCAAGCAGAUCAGCAACCCUGGAAGCCCCUAUAACCUGGCCUACAAGUACAACUAUGAGUAUGCGGUGAUCUUCAACAUCGUGCUGUGGCUCAUGAUCGCUCUGGCCCUGGCCGUCAUCGCCAUCGCCUACAACCUGUGGAACAUGGACCCCGGCUACGACAGCAUCAUCUACAGGAUGACCAACCAGAAGAUCCGAAUGGACUAACUUGGAGUUUUCUCCUUUGUAUUUGUGCUCCAUUCCAUAUUGUGAUGUAUGUAUGUAUGUGUGUAUGUAUGUGUAUAUAUUGUAUGGACAAAAGUACUGGGACACACUUUACAGUCCCAUGCUGGAAUUUAUUAAAAAUUGUCCAAUAACAUAAACUUCUGAGGAGUAUAGUGCAGAACAAUAUCCAAACUAUUUUCUGCAGAGCUCCACAUCUGCUGUUAGAGCUGCAUAGGGGGACCGACUCCACACUGAUGGUUAUGGGUUUCGAAUAGAAUGUCAGAAAAACUCCUCUAGGCGUAAUGUUUUGGUGUCCCAAUACUUCUGUCCAUAUAGUGUAUGAGUGUGUCUUAUUCAUUCAUUCAUUCAUAGCAGUGGUUUGCCCUGCUGGUUCCUGCACAUUUCAGUGGUUUCCUUCUCUAUCAGACCACCUUCAAUCGAGAAAGGACUUAUUACGGUUCUAACCCUGUGGGCUCCACAAACUUACUCGCUGUCUUGAUGUUUUUAUUAAUAUCUGUGGGUUAUUAAAGCUCAGAUAUAAAGUUGAGGCACAUCCUGAAUCAGUAGAGUGUGCCCUUUCAUUUCUUUCUUGUGGUUAGACUAGAUGAUGCUCACAUCCGGAGUUACAAGGUUAUAAAAAAAUAUUGAGGUUAACAUUAUGCCCAAACACCUGAUAUUGAUGCAUGAUGCUUUGCUUUAGAAGCAAAUUUAAUUUCAGCAAGGAGUGUCAUUAUAAGUUAGGUUUCAAAUUGUCAUUUUCAGAAAUUUUAUUGCAAUAAAAUAAAGAUAAUAAAAAAAAGAUAACAGAACAAUAAUGCAAUCACACUCUCUUAAAAUAUUGAGUGUUUAUUAUUAUUAUUUCAGGAGAUUUUGACAGGAUUUGUACCGUCUAUCUGCCUAUAAUUUGCAGCACAUUGUAAAAUGCCUAGUCCAUUUAAAAGCAAUUGGCACUCUUGAGAUCAGUAAAAUGACUGUAUAUUUCACAGCGAUAUUAUGUCGAAAACAUAAUUAUUGUCAUAAUUUAUGCCAGUUUGGCAUACUGCAGUUAUUAAUUCCAGUAACUCCACAGUUACAAAAUAACAUUUCUUAGACAGAAAAAGACAGGAAUUCAGGUAAAAAACAGCUAAAGUAUUUUUUUCCCAUUUUUUCCAACAUACCAUUGAGUUUGAGAGUUUGUGAGUCAGAUAAUUGAGUUAAUGAUCAGAUUAUCUGCAUCUAGUGUGUUUGGAGCAAUGUGAACACUAAAAUGUGCAGGGCAGGGGGUUCUCCAGGACCUGGGUUGGGAACCACUGGUUCAUACGAUCGCGGGUUGAACCCUCAGAGAGUGUACGCCUCUGAAACGUGUUGUGCAAAGACUUAAUCUCUCACGUUGUAAAUGUUAAAUGAAUAUAUAAUAAUUGAAGUAUAUUUAUUGAUGCCUGCUGUUCGGUAGAGUUUAGAGACCAGCUGAUUCGGGGGUUAAAUUAAUUUAUUUCACCACUCUUAAAUGCUAGCUUCUCUGAAAAUGAAUGGAAGGUCAUAAUAUAUUAUAAAUGUUGAUGUGCUCAGGCUAAAGCUAAUUGGUCCCCACUUACUUUCAUUCAUUUUUAGCUUUACGAUUAGCAUUACUGGAUGAUGAAAUGCCAGAUAUUGGAUGUAAAUAAGAUCACCAUCGUUGUAUUUCUGGCUGAGUGAAAACUGUACAGGCUUACUUUGUCAUGCUACAUGAUAUUUGUGAUUGUGUUUUGUUGUUGUUGAUGUUUUUCAUGUGUUCCUCAUCGAUCUACAAACUGAAAUCCAGCGUUAUUUAUUGUGUUGAUUUGUUUGUUGUUUUAAUUCCUGAUACACUGGACGUGCAGUAUAAUAAUGACCAUGGUACAGAUCUCGUCAGAUAUGUAAAGUUGAUGUGCUAAUAAAAGAAAAAGAACUAUAAACUAUUGUGGGAGCAACCAGUCUGCAAUUGCUGCACUAUCAUUUGUGUCCUGAAUAAAUAAAGGUUUAUUCCAAAUUAAAGAAAACAAACUGUUUACUUCA